GGAUGUUGUGCACAUGCGCGGUGAGCCUGAAUCUACCGGACGGCAGAGGUAGGGAAGGGAGUCCUAAUGGCGGAGAAUGUACGGUCGCCUUUUGACUACCGGGAGCCACCGACCCUCGACAGCGACGGGGAUGGGAGCAAACCGCCGCCGCCACGCGGACGCGUGUGUGGGAGAAAAAGGAAGGGGACACCUGUGAAGGUGUGUGACCGAGCGUAUGUAACAGAAGAUGAGGAGGAGGAGAGCAUGUCUGAGCACAGCUACAGCCCCGGUGAGGGCCAGUAUCCAGAGGGUGCAGAGGACCGACUCCCUCCACCCGGCAGCCCCUACUACCUGCCGGAUCCCACUCAGCUUUGUGUCCCAGAGCUUGGGGAGGAGGGGGCAAGUGGUGUCCGGGGACCUGUGCUCUUCCACCCGCCACCUAACUGUCGAAUUCGAGAAGUCCACUGUGGGACUCAGGUGCGGCUGGUUGUCAUAGCGAUCCGUGACAUCGCCAAAGGGGAGGAGAUCACAGUGGACUACAGCCUGACUGACUGGGGCGAGAACGCCAUGGAGGAAGAGGCCGGCCCCCACCCACUGUCCCUGUCUGUUUCGGAUUACCUUACCCCUUCCUGGUCAUUAUCACCCUCAUCGUCCCCCCUCACCCACUCUGAGCCCAGUGACUCGGACCGUGAGGAAGACGAAGAGGAGGAAGACGAUGAUGAUGAUGACGAUGAUGAAGAGGAGGAAAUAGAGGAGAUACGAGGUCGAAUGCUCCGGCGCCGCAAGAAGCGCAAGAUGCCCGCAACUGUCAAUGCGAAGAAGAAGACCACCCCAGCUUCCUCCAGGGGUCCGGGACGCCCCUGCUCGUCCUUUUCGCGCCCUGCACCUGUUGCUCCCCCAGUCCGGUCCCAGUCCCAGUCAGUCAGCUCCCUGACCCCCCCGACCACCAACAUUAACAACAACAUUAACAUAAACAUCGGCAGCUCCAGCGGCGCCGCGGUGAGCCGGCGGCAGCACUGCCCGUACUGCGGCCGCCACUAUCGCUCUCUGGCUCGUCAUCUGGAGAAGCACCACGCCAACCAGCCAGAGGUCCGAACAGCCAUGGAGCUGGCUCACCUCCACAGCUCUUCAAAUGGCAGCACCUCACACCCCCACCCCUCCUCAUCCUCCUCCUCCGCUCCUCACAGUCAUUCCUUCGCCGUCCCUCAGCCCUCGGCCUCAAACCCCCCUCCACCCUCCCUUUUCUCCAGGGAGAGGGAAUCACCAGCCACUCGCUCCAACCCCGGCAACGUCUCGUUCUCCCUCUCGCUUUCUCCACCUCCUUCAGCUCAGCCUGCAGCCGCAAAGAAGGGGCCGAGUUUACCCAUGCCUACCGCAAAACGCACACCACCCCCUAUGGUGUCCCGGGUAAAGAGUCCAUCACCUCCACCCCCCUCGAACCCCAGGAGAGGACGGAGGAUGAAGAGAGAAAAGCUUGAAGAGCAGCAAAAGGUGGAGGUGGAAAGCUUGAGAAAUCAAGAGGAGCUGGUGCCCCCUCCCACUCCAGAGCCUGACAUAGACCCAGAUGAAGAUCUAGAGUUGAGUGGAGGAGAAGACGAUGCACCAGAGGAGAAGAACGGAGAGGCUGUAAGCGCUCACAGACAUCACAUGUCCCCGCUCCUCUCGUCUCUUUCCUGUUUGGUUCUGUAUUUGCGGCACCAGCAGCACUCGUCGUUCCUGUCUUUAACCCGUUCUCCUCAUUCCGCUGAGGCCUGGCGUCUGCUCUGCCACUCCAGCCUCUCCCUGCUCAUCCUCUACAACCGCCACCGGGAGUGUGAGGUGGCUAAGCUCACAAUCCAGGACUACCGGAACCGUGUCACCCCCCAGGCCAGCUCCAGCACCAGCUCCCCCUCUGGCAUGGAAACCCUCCUGUCCCCCUUCGAGCGCCAGGUGCUGUGUCCCCUCCCCCGGGCAGGUGUUCUGGGUAAGAGGGGGCGCGUCCAGCCACUUAUCCUCCCCCCUCACUGUGAGUCUUGUCUGGACCUCCUCCUUCAAACCAGCCCCAAUGUGGGCGUGGACCCGGAGAGCCCCUACGUCUUUUCUCGACCCUACCAUUCUCCUGCGACCCCUUUGAGGGGCACAGACCUCCUGAGAAACCUAGCGCGAGCCAGCGGGGCAAAGAACCCCAGCGCUCUGACGGCGACACGAGUGCGGCGGCAGGUAGCCAUCCUGACUCAGCUGCUGUUAUUAGAAGAGGGGGAGGGGCAAGGCGGGGCCACCAAACGGCUGGAGGACUUUUUGGAACGCGAGUACCAUGUCACACAAAAUUGCUCCACCAUUGUGCGAGAUCCGGCUCUGAUGGGCCGUGUGGGUCGGGUCGUUCUUUAUGGAGAGAGGGAGGGUGUACUUUUCAGAGGGAUGAGCCUGCAGCACAUCUGUCUGGAACUGGAUGUGAUGUCUGGCAACUCGGGGGAUUCCUUUUCAGAAGAUUCAGAGGUGGAGGAAGAGAAGGAGGAGGUCAAAGAGAAAACUGAGGUGAUGGUGAAAAAGAAAGGACCAGGUCGACCUCCACGGAAGAAGAAGGCGCCCAAUCCCCCUUCGGUCAGCCCUACGAUAGCCAACGCCCAUAAGAGGAGAACAGUUCCACCAAAAUCAGGGAAGCGCGGCGUAUUGAAGCGUCCCUGGUCAGAAGCUGAACGUGUAGCGGUGGAGACUCACCUCAACAGGAACCUCAUGGAGCUCCGCGUUCCCGCAAAGGCCGACUGCGAGCGCUGCUUAGAACUCUGCCCGCUGCUGGUGAGCAACCAGCGAGACUGGAGAGCCAUCAAAUUUUAUGUCCACAAUCGCAUCCAGCUACUGAAGAAGCAGGGACGGAGAGAGAGCGCCGCUUCGGUGUCGUAAGGCGGAGUUGAGGCCGAACAGAUGCCUACUGUAAUGUAUAAACCACCAGCAAUCACAGCAGAGGUAAAAACUCUACGUCACAUCGGGGUCCAGAUACUUUUCCUUUGGCAUCUUUCAAAUUUAUCGAAAAUGAGGCGCAUCUCAGAAGGGAUUAGUGUAAUAAAACUUAGAAAACAGAACAUUGACACUCGAGGUUGGGUUGCCCAGCGUCUGUUUUUGAAGUGUAUUUUUUUUUACGUGGUUGUACUUAGAAGUGUGAGUUCAGACACAGUGAAUGCUGUUUUUUUUUUUUUUUUUUUUUUUACAGAUUAUUUUUGUCAUUUUUACUUUACAUAAGGGACGGUAAUAAAAAAUCAAUAUGUGAGGUGUCUGGAGCUUUAGACCACUUAACUGCCACACCAUAAAUAGGCCUAGAGUGUAGAGUUCCCACUGAAGGCUGAUGACCAAACGUGAAUGUGUAAAGCUUUAGAGGAAUAACGGUCUUUAAAAUCCCGAGUCUUCAACAGCUGAGGUGCAUACGAAUCUGUAUAGUUUGUGUUCCAUGUUGAGUAGCAUCGUACCCGGUCCCCAGUUCCACGGCACCCAACUGAUGAGUGUUUUUAAAAAAAAAAAAAAAAAAAAACAUUCUUCAAGGUUUUGGACUAUGAUUCACCUGUGAAGUGGUUCGUGCAUACCUCUAUACCAUGAUCAUAGUCAAAUGAAUAUGUAUUAAGGCAUGUCUACUUGAAUUUAUUGCAUAUCAGAAUUUUUAAAAACUGUUUAUUUCAGAAUCAACAUAUGGUCUUAUUCACAAUGUACAUACUUACUAAUCUAUGAAAAGUAUACAGUAGUGAUUACAAAGUUAGUAUUGUGUUAUGGUGUAAAUAUUGUAAAUACUACCUGUACUUAUUAAAGUGUAUGACAUUU